UUAAGCUAUCUAUGCUUUUAGAAAGAUGUCCCGCAUGCUCAGGUUUAAUUUAUUUUCAAUGCCGCGAUAUCCAGGAAAGGCCCCAACUUAAUAAUUGGAGAAAGUAUAAUGUUCCUGCUAAUGACGACAUUCAACAGUUCUUGCAGCAAGACCUUUUCUGUAAUAACAAGUCAUGUACAUUCUCAAUCUACCGGUUUCACGGCAAAUGUGGAGUUGACGUGGCGCACCACGGAUCUCCAAUUUGGAGAAAUCCCGGGGUAUGCUUCGCAUGUAUAUGGACUAUGCAAAAAUAACAUCACGCACGUCAUAGCUCUCGUAGGGGUAAACAAUUUGAUUUAAGAUGGAUGGAUGACGACCUUAUGCUUUCAGAUAGUGAGAUGGUCUAAAUUUGUCGAAUAGUCUUAUACUUGAUCCCGUGCGUGCGAACCCUUUCAAGCAAGAUGGACCCCAACGCUGCCGCAAAAGACUUUCGUCGUUUCAUUCAAGAGCUGGACGAUGAAGGUGAAAUCCUAACAAUCACAAAAGAAGUCGACCCCCACCUGGAGGUCGCAGCCAUCGUGCGAAAAGUGCACGAAACAGGAGAACAAUGCCCGUUGUUCACAAACCCUAAAGGACGUAAACAUAAUGGGCUGUUUCGCAUUCUUGGGGCUCCUGUGGGGGUCAGCAAGCGUCCUGGAAUGCAGCUUUGCCGGCUGGCCAAGUCAAUCGGACUUCCAUCGUCUGCAACGGGUCACGAUAUUAUCGCGAAAAUCAAUGAGGCCAAAUCGAAGCCUCCAGUUCCUUGUCGAAAACUCGAGUCGGGCCCCGUCAAAGACUACAUCAUCCGUGGUGAUGAUAUAGACUUGACUCAGCUACCUGCCCCGCUUUUGCAUGAGCAUGAUGGGGGGAAAUACAUCGAAACAUUUGGUAUGCAUGUCGUACAGAGCCCUGACGGGAAAUGGACAAAUUGGUCCAUCAGUAGGGGCAUGGUUCAUGGAAAGCGUGAGCUGGUUGGCUUGGUGAUCCCAAAGCAGGACAUCGGAGCAAUAUGGAAUAUGUGGAAGGAGAAGGGAGAAGGCAUGCCGUGGGCCUUGUGUUUUGGAGUGCCGCCUGCGGCCAUCCUGGUCGGCGGCAUGCCAAUCCCCAAGUGGACCAACGAGCCUGAGUUCAUCGGUGCCUUGACCGGCGCUCCGGUUGACGUUGUCAAGUGCGAAACAAACGACCUCUGGAUUCCAGCAAAUGCGGAGAUUGUCCUCGAGGGGUUAGUUUCAAUUAGCGAGACUGCUCCAGAGGGCCCCAUGGUUGAAUAUAAUGGCAUGGUUUACCCCGGGCACACAACCCAAUGCCCUAUCUUCAAGGUCAAUACCAUCACUUACCGACAUGAUCCCAUCCUGCCCAUCUGCGUCGCGGGCCGGGCUCCAGAUGAGAAUUCCACCAUUUGGAGCAUAUCACAAGCUGCAGAGGUCCUGAAUAUUUGCCAGAAAGCCGGCCUCCCCAUCAAAAUGGUUUGGUGUCCAUUUGAAUCACAUUGCUUGUGGUUUGUUGUCCAAGUAGAUCGCUCGAAUCUUGUGGAAAUGCGCACGAAUAUGGAGGAAUUUUGCCGCAGAGUAGGCCACACCGUGUUCGGUUCCAAACCAGGGUGGUUUAUACCAAAGAUCUUCCUAGUUGGCGAUGAUAUUGAUCCAACCAAUCUCUCCGAUGUGAUCUGGGUUGAAGCAACACGCUGUGAGCCGGGCAGGCAUGAGUUUGUUUUCACUGAAUAUUCUAACAUUCCACUUAUACCCUAUGUGACCUAUGGGUUGCCAUCCAAGACCGGAACGAAUGGGAAAGUCGUCAAAUGCUGUAUGCUGCCCGGUGAAUUUACAGAAGAAUCGCUACCGUGGAAAGAAGGAUCUUUCCAGGGUUCCUACCCGGAGGACGUUAGACGAACUGUUCUUGAAAAUUGGACUGCAUAUGGAUUUCAGCCUCUCUAA